UCCAUUCCUCCUAAACAGAUAUCGAUGAAUGUGAGGACCCUUCGAUUGCCGAGCUCUGUCCACAUGGAUGCGAAAAUCUUCACGGGUCGUAUCGAUGUCGGCAACCGGAACCCAUCUCCACCGAGGCAUCCCCCACAGAGGACGAGCUCGAAGAAGACGGCGAUGAAGACGAGGAGGCCGAGGAAGACACCGAACUGGGUAAUGAACUUGAUUCGCCCUCCGCAACAUCCUCCACAACCACGACGGAAAUAUCUGAAAUUAAGCCCGAAGCGGUCACCGAAGGCAAACUCCCGGAGGACGUUGACGGCACCGAUGACGAAGAUGAUGAUGGUAGCCAAUUGAACAACGAAUUGGAAUCUUAUUCACCGCAAAUACCGGCAAUCGAUAGAUCAAAGAUUGAUGACUACGACGACAACGACAAAGAGCAACCGGACGUUGAUAGGCGGCAAAAUGAAGUGGAAAUUCAUCACCAUCCCCAUCGGCAUCACCACGGGGAGGAGGAAAGUGAAGGAGAGUUGCCAGGGAGUCAUACGUCCACUUCAACGACUACCGAAUCGUAUCGCUCGCCGGAUGAAGAGGAGGAGGAGGACCUAGAUGGUGAAGAUAAUGAUGACUAUCUGGGACCGGAAACGGAGACACCUGCCACUUCGACGACUACCAGCACAACGACAAUGGUGCCACGGCACUGCCGAGAAGGACUCCGACUCAACUCACAUGGGGAAUGCGAAGAUAUCGACGAGUGCGUAGAGACGGAACAUGGGUGCGACUACUGCCGGAAUGCCUACGGUGGAUACGAGUGCACCUGUCCGGCAGGUUACGAGCUUGCUGACGAUGACAGGUCCUGUCAAGAUAUAAACGAGUGUGAAGCCUACGGUCAGCAAGAGGAGGAUGACUAUGAAGAUGAGGCGGGUCAUGGGGUUGGUAUUUGCUCCCACGAAUGUGUGAAUGCGGUCGGCUCGUUUGAGUGUAGAUGCCCGGAUAACUUUCAUCUGAAUCAUGAUCGGAGGACGUGCGUGAGAGAUUUCUGUGCUGAUUUGUAUGAAAAUCCGAACAAAACGAGAUGCUCACACGAGUGUAAGGAUGGGACGGAGGGGUUCGUAUGUAGCUGUCCGGAGUUUUACAUAUUGGAUGAGUACGAUCAGAAGACGUGCAGGAAUGUGUACAGCUGUGGUGAAGAGUACAAGAAGCGAUGCAAUCCUGGAGUAUGUCGGAUGAUCGCAGGCGGAGAUUAUCGGUGUGAGUGUCCUUUGGGAUAUCAACAGCACGACCAUAGCUGUCACGAUAUCGACGAGUGUGAGUUGGGUAGGCACCUGUGUUCGCAUAACUGUCAUAAUACAGCUGGAGAUUACCAAUGCAGUUGCCCAAAAGGUUUGAAGUUAUCUACGGAUAGUAAAACUUGCGAUGACAUUGAUGAAUGUGACGAACAAGAUAAUGAAGAUCUUUGUGGAGAUCUGAAUUGUCUGAAUACUUAUGGAAGCUAUCGAUGUGUUUGUCCGGAGGGAAAGGAGCUGGACGAAUACGGUAUCUGUAGACAGAUGGAUUUAUGUACGACCAACAACGGAGGGUGCUCCCAUAUAUGUACGUUCUUCAACAGAGAGACCUUCUGUGACUGUCCGGAUGAUAUGGAACUGGCAGAGGACGGCAAAACUUGCACGACCAUCAACGACUGUAAUCUUAACAAUGGUGGUUGUUCACAUAUCUGUAAUCCGGAUAGUGAAACGCUUUGUAGUUGCCCAAAAGGAUUCAAACUUGACUCUGAUCAACGGACAUGCCAUGACAUCAACGAAUGUCACGAGGAUAAUGGAGGUUGUGAGCAGAACUGUCUUAAUUUUGAAGGAGGCCAUAAGUGCAGUUGUUAUGAAGGUUUUGAACCAUCACCAGAUGAUAACCGUUCGUGCGUAGAUAUUGACGAAUGCUCCAUGAGUCAAGGUGGAUGUGAUCACGCCUGUCACAAUUCAGAAGGUUCAUUCCACUGUAGUUGUCAUAGUGGCUAUCGUUUAUCUGAGAACGGCCAUUCUUGCCUGGACAUCAAUGAGUGCGAAAAAUCUAAUGGACAUUGCUCUCACAUCUGCAUUAAUCUUCUGGGAAGUCACCAGUGCUCCUGUCCAAAAGGUCUUUACCUAAUGGAGGAUGGCAAAACAUGUGACUUUGUCGACGAAUGUGAGCUGAAUAACGGCGGAUGUUCUCAUGGCUGCCACUACGAACACGGUGUAGUGUCCUGUACGUGUCCAAAAGGAUUCGAAUUGGAGCGGAACAACUUCAAAACUUGCAUCGACGUCAACGAGUGCGAGCACAGAAACGGUGGAUGCUCGGAUACUUGCACGAACCUUCCCGGUAGUUACCACUGCUCAUGUCCGGUAGGUUUUGAGCUUGGGCGUAACCGCCACACUUGCGAAGAUAUCGACGAAUGCAUCGAAAACAACGGAAACUGUUCGAACAUCUGCAUCAAUCUACUGGGAGAUUACAAAUGUGCUUGUGAAGCUGGAUUUGAAUUGGAAGAUGAUCAGCAAACUUGUCGUGACGUAGACGAGUGCUCCACAAAGAUCCACGAUUGCUCACAUAUUUGUGUGAACGUGCCCGGGACGUUCGAAUGUGAGUGUCCUUCAGGGUUUAUCCUUGGACGGGAUAAGUUCACCUGUGAAGAUAUCAAUGAGUGUGAGACGUUGCCGAAUAAAGCUGAUUGCGAACACCACUGCAUCAACUUGCCCGGCUCGCAUCGCUGCGGCUGUGAAGACGGUCACCGCUUAGAGCUAGAUAAUCGAACCUGCUCGGACAUUGACGAGUGCUCCGAUGAACUGAAGAGAUGUUCUCACGAUUGUUUCAACACGAAAGGAAGCUUUGAGUGUUCGUGUCCGUCCGGAUUGAGGUUGGACGUUGAUAAAGUGACUUGCCUAGAUAUUGACGAAUGCAAGAUCAACAACUUCAAUGGAGGUUGUUCACAUAUUUGUGAAAAUCAGCACGGAAGUUUCAAAUGUUUAUGUCCAGAAGGGAUGAAUUUGGGUGAUGAUCAGGCAACAUGUGAAGACCAUGAUGAGUGCUCGAUCUUGAAUGGCGGCUGCAGCCAACGAUGCGUCAAUUUCCUUGGAGGUUACCGAUGUGAAUGUGAGUCAGGAUUUGCUUUGAUGAACGACAACAAAACUUGUGAGGUAAGCAAUCCCUGCGCGCUGAGGAACGGCGGUUGUCAGCAUUUCUGCAAUCUACAUAACGGUGUUCCAUCGUGCUCGUGUCGGGAAGGAUUUAUGGUAAGCAAGUCCAAUUCAGCAAGCUGCGUGGACAUCGACGAAUGUCAAACGCCAAACGACAAUAACUGUCAACAGAAGUGCGUCAAUACGGAAGGAUCUUACACAUGUGAAUGCUUUGCCGGAUUCGAGAAGAACGAUCUGGGUCAAUGUAUCGAUGUGAACGAAUGCCUUGAGAACAACGGUGGUUGCGGAAACAAAGCAAAGUGCAUUAAUCUAGCUGGAAGCCACAGGUGUGUUUGUCCCACAGGUCAUAAGAUGGGCAAGGAUCGAAAAACGUGCUUCGAAAUCAAGGAUCGCUGUAAGCCGUUGACUCCUCCCAAGAACGGUGAUGUACGAUGCUCCCGGUCACGACAUAAGACUGAGAUCUAUUACCGUACAAAGUGCUCCAUAACGUGCAACAAAGGCUUCAAAUUGCUGGGACCUGGCACGAAACACUGCAACGGAACCGGGCAAUGGGAUGCAGAGGAAUCGCUAUGCGUUCCUCAAUCAUGUCCACGGCUACACCGCCCAGAACAUGGCACGAUUCUUCCAGUAGCCUGUAUGUCUGGCAAGAUCUUCGCAGGAGAACGUUGUGUUCUACAUUGCAAAGCUGGCUUCAAACCAAUUGGGAAACGAACCACCGUGUGUGAUACAGAGCAGAAGUGGACUCCUACGCCAAAUCUCCGCUGUGUUCCGGUUACUACUCCGACACCGGCCCCCAUAAAACCGCACAUCCAGUGUCCUCCGGAUGUCCAUGAAGUGCUCCCGGUCGGGCAUUACACUAUGAAGAUUCGCUUGGAGCAACCCAAGAGCAACGUAGAUUGGCAUCAAUUCGUCGAUGCUCACCCGGCCUGGGGUAAACACUUGGAAGCGGAGUUACCUGCUGGGGAGACAGCUGUGACAUUCCGAGCCCGAAGUCCAAACUCACCGAUGAAUGAUGUCUGUCGGGUUUUAAUCACAAUUAGAGAACGUCGACCUCCACAAGUCGUCAACUGUCCGGAGUCGUUCAACGUUCAACUGGAGAACCACGAGACUUCCCGUUCGGUGUACUGGGUCGAACCCAACUUUGAGACUGACUCCGAAAUCAAGCAACUGUACAAAUCGCACACUCCUGGUCAGGUGUUGAUAGCUGGAGUGCACUACGUUAACUACGUAGCCACGGAUUCCGAUGGGUUGAGCGCCAAAUGUAGCUUUGGUAUAACCGUAAAGGCUUCCCUCGAACCUUACGGACAUCGACGGCCAGUUCAUGGACGUCCACUGGAGACCAACCGGCUAGAAAACCAUGAAUCGUAUCUGAUAUGUCCGGGCAAGUCACCCAUUCUGGUAGACCCCAACAGCCCCCUCCACAUUCCGCAAGGAUGUGUGGUGAAAAAUAUCCGAAUCAAGCAAAAGUUGGCUCGGCUGCGUCAUCAGCAACAGGUGCUUCAGAGACAUCUACAGGAGCUUGAGGAAUCCCCCAAUCCGGAUCAGUCGGCAAUCGAGCAGCACCACAGGAAAUACAACAACUUCCUCCGCUACUAUUCAUCAUGGGAUAAUGCAUUCAGUCAACAACAGGAGAGUCACCACCAACAGCACCAGAAUCACCAUCGUCAGGAGGAACAGUCCUACCACCAAGGAAACCACCCAACGCCCCAUCCUCGAAGGUGGUUCAAAAAGCGAAGCAAGGACAAUUCCCAGCAUCAAGAACCUGCCUCAACCAGUGCUGGAGCCAAGACGCAAGAUGCCUGAAAGUGCUGAUGUGUUAAAACCUUGAACCUCACUCGAUAGCUUUCAAUAUCUCAUCCUUAUCGUGGUGGCAGAAGAGCAAGAAAAGAAGGACUAUCUGCCAUUGCAGUGCAGAGCCAGGCCACAUUUAUGCUGACUAACAACAUGUGCCAGAAGACGCAGAAUAAAGCAAGGAAUGCAUGUGCUUAAAUA